GAGUCUCGAUUUAUGGUUGAUGUAACGGGCGCGCUGUCAGGACCCUCUGGUUGCGUUCACAGGUAUCAAGAGUCGACAUACAUUGUCAACAAGUCCUCCUGCGUGUCACACAUCUUGUUCUGUAGUCCUAGUAAGAUAGCGUGGGACGCUUUUCACCAGGGUCUGGUUUUCUGGCGCCUGCUUAAGGAAUUGUACAGCGGUGAAACAGCGAAGGUUGCUGGAAUCUAAGCUUCCACGAUGAACGGCGAACGUCUCAGCAUUCAGCCUGUAUGGGGAACCGGCGGCCGGAAGUUGAGUUACGGCGUCCUGGACACCGCGGAGACGUUACUGGACAGCAUCGACGACCUGGCGGAAGUGCUGGACCGGCUGACCAUGAAGUAUACCGCCGUCGAGGAAGACGUCGUUAUCGAAGAAAAACAGAAUGAAGCGGACUACGACGAAGGAGAUUUGGGAAUCAACGUCAUACCGCCGUCGCCGCCAAAAACAACUCCAGCACAGGAAGAGCCAAAGCCCACUGGCUCGAGACGUCGAACUAGCGCGGACUUCAGUAUGUUCCGGAAGUUGAAGUCAUGUCUAGAUUCCACGCGCCACCUGAUUGGAAGUCUGCGAAGCGAGAAGGGGCGGCUUAUGAAGCGCCAGCUUAGCGUCGAGUGCCGGAUGUCAGAGUUGGAGGACUAUAAGAAACACAUGAAACAAGACUUGAAUAGUCUCAACGACCUAGUAGACCUGCUGACUGAACGCAUCUGUCGACAGGAAGUGACGAUCGCUGACGCUCUGGAGGCCCGGGAGCAGCUGCAUGCGGAGAGGGACGACCUCCAGGCGCGCCUCGAGACGGCCGAGGCGCUGUGUACAGAGCUUAGCGAAGAUAACGAGAACUUGAUGAAAGAAAACCAUCAACUGAAGGAUCACUAUGGUGACACUAACUUCCGGUUGCGAAACCAAGAACUCAAAUACGAAAACGAAGUUCUCAGUGUUGAAAAUGUGAAACUCAAAGAACUUGUUCGCGACUUGACUGAAUCAAACAUUGUGCAAACCGGAAGUACAAAGUCGUCUGGUAAGGAACUACAACUGAGUGUAACGUCUCUCCCAGAUGUUGUUCGCGGGCAAGGCAAAGUUAAAACAAUCUCUGUGUCCGAAGACGUGGAGACAGGCUAUUUGUCUGCUUCUUUCUGAAAUGUGAUAUUCCGAUGCCGUCUGCGUCUUUAAUUGAAAACAUGGAAUCUCAUAGUUAAAUGCAUAUGUUUUGUGGUGAUACAAGUAUUCAACAAAACAAUCCAGUAUCUCUAGUAAUUAUUUAGCUUUUAAGCUAGUGCAUCGAGUUCUCGAUGGUUAAUAUUGUUGAUAUAAAUGGAAUGAAGUAAUGACAGAAACACACAAGAAAGAGAUGGUAAUUAAUACCAUUGUUAUAUUUCAUGGGUUUUAAAUGAAGAGGGAAUAAUACAGGUCCAAAUUAAAUCGCGUGUGUUUUAUGUCAUGUCUUGAAUUUGAAAAUUAAAAAUACGCGAAAAG